AUGACGGGAGAAAAACGCAAACCGACAGAUAAGGGCGAAGGCGAGGCGGGUGUUGUCGACAAUGCUACCAAUUACAGUAAUACCAGCCUGAGUGACGAACAGCCACUACCGAAACGUGCUCGCACGACGUCCGAACUACCUGAUGUUAAUGGCAUCAUCCUCGAAGAGUUCGUCGAGAGUUAUCUUCCCAAGAAGUGCUCCAACGAUAAAGAAAAGGCUUAUAUACUCCAUAACCUCGUUCAUGAACUCUCUAGUAACUCCCAGUGGGAGGAGGUCCUCAACCUCGAAUUCAAAGUUUUGGACCACUGCAAGACUGCUGUUACGAACGAUGCCGAUUUGGGGAACAUUGUCAGCGAUGGUUUCAAGGCGAACGAUUGGAAGCCGCUCUUCAACGACCUGAGAUUAAGACGAGAACGAGAAAUCCUUCAACCUUCAACUAGUGCUGAAUCGAACCGAUCCAUGGAAACUGACAGAUCCGUGGCAACCAACAUACAAUAUUUCAAAGAAGCGUUUGAAAAGGAUUACUGUACCCCAAAUCCCGGUAUUCUUCUACGUGCCAUGGACGAAUACGAUCUAGGCAUGCGCCGCCCCUAUAAUCGCUCGUUCUCCGUUGUCCAAUCGUCGGGGAUGGGCAAGUCGCGCCUGAUGGAUCACUCUGCCACACUUCGGUUCGCGAUUCCUUUCAACCUCCAUGAAGACAUGGAGUCCGGUGCAACUUAUCCUCCGUUUGACUACGAAGUCCGCAAGUUUCUCACGACAGAAUUUGAGCGCGAAGUGGAUGCCAUAACACGACCGCUUGUCUUCUUACAAGCCCUUUUUAACGAAACAGUCGCCGAACUUCAAUCCCAAAAAACAAAAAUCACAAAGGGAACGCCACAAGAGAUUGCUAGCAAAUGGUACAAGUGGAUGAACGUCGGGUCGACUGUAGAUAACGUUGGUACAAAUAGAACCAUGCUCUAUGACCGAGUGGUAGCAAAAGCCCGAAAGCUGGAACAAGAACCUGUGGAUCACCAGAAGCCUCUUGAACAUCGUGAAAAAGCGCUGAACACCGCAGCUCGAUCACUGGUCGAUUGUUUACAAAAGCUCUACAACUAUCCAAUCCCAUUUUGUGCAAUUGUCUACUUUGACGAAGCCCACACCUUAUCUAAAUCACUGCCGGAAAAAUCACACCAACGAACCCCCUACUAUGCUUUGAUGCACGUGUUGAACAUGAUUAACGACAAGCAGAUCUUCUUUGUUUUCUUGUCCACCAACUCGAGUUUGAAAACUUCCGCUCCAACCAAAGCGGCGUACCCAUCGAUUCGAGUUCAAAACAACACCGAACUUAUCCCCCCUUUUUUCGAGCUACGAUUUGAUAUUUUUUGUCGAAAGUUUACAUCAGAGGCAAAGGAAGCUGGCAAAUUGACCCUGGAAGGUGUUUGUGACCUGGGACAGAUGGCUAAAUUUGGUCGCCCUAUGUGGCAUUCGUACUAUCAAAGCCUCCCGGAAGACGAAAAGCACAAAAUGAUUGAUCUAGCAGUGCUGAAGUUGCGAGGUGAUGAUCAUAACAAUGCAGACCUGGCGGCACUUGAUUCCCGCGUUCUCAUUCCCUUUGAUCCCUACCAGCUGGUCUCACGUACAACAGAGGUUGAACUCGUGAGGUCGCAUAUGCGAUGCAUCUAUAACAUACCUGCAGACCGACAAUUCGUACGUUCUGCAUAUCUAUCCGAACCGGUGCUCUCGGAAGCAGCAGCGGUUAUCCUCAAUUCGCCCCGGUCCGGUGUCCGUCCAGGCCGGUCCAUUGUCGAUGAGGCCCCGCGUAUACUUGCGAAUGCUUUGACAACUGGCUUGCUUGCCAAGGGGGAACGUGGAGAGCUAAUUGCUCGAACCCUUCUGACUGUCGCACACGACGAGGCUGCCAAGCUCCAUUCGGGCUCGAAAUCUGAGCGGCUGCGGUACCAUCGCCCAAUCCGACUAGUACACUUUUUGGAGAAGCUUCUCGCACCCGAAGUCUGGAAUUUGGUCCGCCAAGCCACUCCGGUUCACGCAUACAAGGAUGAUCCCAAACUCGAAGUCGCCUUUGACAAGAGCUGGAUUAACUUUUCCCACUUUGUCGAGCUUGGUAAUCAUGAAAUGUUCAGCUGGGAAUGUGCUACUGAAAUGCUCAAGCAAGGGGCAGCGAUACAAAUCUAUGCCAAUCAGCGCAACCAGGACCUGGGAAUACCCCUUCACAAUGGUGGACUAGGCUCAGCAAUUGAUAUAGACUGCACAGGCCUCUCUCAGUAUCAGAUAAAGAAUUCCCUGACAAAUGAGAAUGUAGAACCAGAUCCAGAGGCGGCCGGAAAGUGUCCCAACACUUGCCCAAUCCUGUCAAUAGUCAUGCAACUUGGGGUGGGUGAGGGCUACAAGGGCCCCCCAGUCGAGAUUAAGACGAACCUAAUAGAAACCAACACUCCUGCUGGCAAUACACGCUCCAGCUCUGACCUGGAUGACAUCAAAUGUCGCCAUUAUUCUAUCGUGCUAUAUGGUUGUACGGCGGCCACGUACUCCUGCAUUGGUGGUCACGCGGGAACAUAUGCAAGUCUCCUUCAAAUACCAACACUGUUCCAGGACUACCCUAGAAAAACCCAACCAGAACUUCUUGAUACAGUUCACACAUUGUCGCCCCAGGUGGUGGACACGGUUUGGAAGAAUUGA